AUGGGGUUGAGGAAUGCGGACGUUCAUGCACGCAUACUGAGGGCCCUCUCCGAUAGAGGACUGAGAGUUGUGGUGCAGGAGGCGGUGGUGAGCAGUGUAGGCGCGCGGCUAUCGCUUACCCCCUGCUUCACUUCACUUCCCUUCAAGCUGAACGAGGCGGUGCAUGCCCUUUUGUUUCUCACGCAGUCGAUGAUUCGAAGCGAUGCGGAGUUUGAAGUGGCCUUUCAGAGGAGUGAGGCCGCCUCGAAAAGACUUGCCGCUGAGUUUCCCGGGGAUGCGGAGGAGUUUCUGCGAAGUGAAGACGUGACGGCAGCAUUAUCGUACAUCACCGAUUUGAAGCGGUUCCGUGCCCUGUGGGCCCUAUUAUUUGUCGUCAAUUAUCCACGAUCGUCACCACAAUUUGUCCCGCCUCACAUUUUUGCUGUUCGCUGGUCGGAAGUGUUACGCGAAGAUACUCCUCUUGGAUGGCUUCGAGCGGUGCAGGAACAGGCGAAGCGGACCUUGGCCGCGAUUCAGGCGGGGAACACGUCGCCCUUUACAUAUUUAUUAUUUGUACUGCAGCAUGCUCUCUCCAUGCGCACGGUGUUAUUGGAGUGCGUCGCGGAAAUGAUGCUCAAUUCUGCCGUGCGCUUUGAUGUUAUGGCCGUCGUGCGGAAUAUGCACAAGGCGUCUGAGGCGCUGAGGGAGAUGGGGGAACUUCAGGGCAUCUGGGAACAAGAGGGACUAUUGUCGGAUGCGCUUCGUGAGAGCUGCCUCUCGUAUCAGUUUUCUGAUCUUAACCUUUCACACAGUUUCUGGGAUCAUUGCGGUUUGGGCCAAAUCCCCUCCCACACGGAGAGGCACGCAAAGUCAUUUCUGCUUUGCCCCUUUUCUUGGAUCCUCCAGCACCUCGUGUGGUGCCUGUACGGACGCCUAACACUGCUCUUUCAGAGCUGCUUCGUAGCCACGCCCCUUGGGAGCCUCUCCCGUCACGCCCAGAAGGAGGCGGGAGCCGCAGGGGUGGCGAGCCACGGCGGGUUACAACCCGUGGUGGGCCGCAGGCUCUCCCAUGCGGACUCUUCCUUCGGGAGGAGACAGGAAGAACGUGCGGAUUUGACCGGCAAUUCUGCUGCGACAGAGGUGGUCUCGGUUCUGCGUAGGAGGGCGGUGACGUCGGCCUCGAGCGUGUCGGUGGACCCCGCGGCUGCGGGCCCACAGUCGCGGUCAAGGGUCGUGUCCCUGGCACGAGGGGAGUCGGCGGCACGCUUCGCGGAGGAUGCGCCACCGCAAGCAAGUCAUAGUGAGUUUCCUUUGCCGUUUGAUUUAAAUUAUGCUGGCGCUGAGGGUAGUGAAAGCGGCUUCUUGGACACGCUUGGUUCCCACACACUGGCAGAAGCAUUGUGGGAGAUCACCCAUGAGCGACCCCGUGCCACGUUGUUUUUGAUUACGGACUGUACUCAGCGUCCAGGGGCGCGCGCAUGGCAACGCAAUCGUUGCACCGUCACCACCUGCGCGGACGAUGUGGCGGGUCGACAAGGCAUGGAGCACUGGGUGCUGAAUUUUGUGUGUCCCAGUUCUCGACUGUCGGAGAAUGCAAUGAAGCGUGCGCAGCAGGAGUCAAUGCUGCUCCGGACUGUUGUCUUUCAGGUGGCUGGAUCAACGCAGCGGAGAGCACGGUUUACGAAUGAUGUUUCCGUGUUUUAUGUGGUGCGCAGCGAUAGUGACAUGGACGGAGGAAGGCUGUACUUUGUUCUCCUGCUGCAACACGAUGCCAGCACCAGCCAUCUGCACGGCGGCAUGGCGGAUACAGGCGCAAAGGAGGUGACAGCGGAGGAGUCGCGCUGGGCGUUUCGCUCCCUGGAAGAGGUGUGUGCGGCGUGGAGUAUGCCUCAGCUAUGCAACCUGGCCGUUCGACUGGCGGUGGCUCUCUCGUAA